ACAGCUAACAGUCACACAGACGCAUCUCUCCGCGUUUCUCUUAUUUGACAAAAACAGUAGAGAGAGAAUCGUAGUUGAGCUCCGAGAUCGGCAUCCAUGGCGGCCUCUGCUGAACGCGAGAACUUCAUCUAUGUAGCCAAGCUCGCCGAACAAGCUGAACGCUAUGACGAGAUGGUUGAUGCCAUGAAGAAGGUUGCAAAGUUAGAUAUUGAAUUAACUGUUGAAGAAAGAAAUUUGCUCUCGGUUGGAUACAAGAAUGUGGUGGGUUCACGUAGGGCAUCAUGGAGGAUAUUGUCCUCCAUUGAGCAAAAAGAGGAGUCUAGAGGCAAUGAAGUGAAUGUAAAGCGGAUUAAGGAAUACAGGCAGAAGGUGGAAACAGAGCUGUCUAACAUUUGUGGUGAUAUCAUGACUGUGAUUGAUGAGCAUCUGAUUCCAUCUUCCUCUGCUGGAGAAUCUACUGUUUUCUACUACAAAAUGAAGGGAGACUAUUAUAGGUAUCUUGCAGAGUUCAAGUCUGGUAAUGAUAAAAAAGAGGCAGCUGAGCAGUCACUGAAGGCUUAUCAAUUGGCUUCUACUGCUGCAGAGGAUUUAUCUCCUACUCAUCCCAUCCGGUUGGGUUUGGCUUUGAACUUCUCCGUUUUCUAUUAUGAGAUCAUGAACUCUCCCGAAAGAGCCUGCCACCUGGCGAAACAAGCUUUUGAUGAAGCUAUCUCAGAGCUUGACUCCCUGAGUGAGGAAUCAUACAAAGAUAGCACUUUAAUCAUGCAGCUCCUGAGGGACAACCUCACUUUGUGGACUUCUGACAUUCCAGAGGAUGGAGAAGACCAAAAGAUGGAGAUAACGAAAUCUGGUGCAGAAGAUGCAGAGUAAAAAAAAUUGAAGGGGUAGGUCUGCUGCAUUCUUGGAAGGGAGCGGGAUAUGGCCUUUGCCUUUGGUAUCGUAUUUCUGAAGCGGUAAUAUGAGAAUCAUCGCAUUAGUUGUUGUUUUUUUCGUCUGUCUGUAUGUCGUUUGUUGUAAAAUGCCCAGAUUUUAUGAUCCAUUCCAGGCAAAAAGAACCUAUUUUAGUUAAUUUAGGAAGUUUUUCUUUGGUGAUAAUGCAAAUAAGAACACGAAUUUCACCCUUUUAACUGUGUGUUGUUUGGUUGAAUCACAUUUGCUGAUAUAAUCCCAUAUUUCUGUUUAUGAUC